AAUCGGACUCUCUAGAAUCUUCAACAAAAAUAAUAAAUAAAUAAAAUCUGCUAUAUAAUCCAUACGCACCAACCACCAUUUGCAUCGUAGGUUCAUUCAGUCUCCGCCGCUAAGAGAGUUGACGCGCAGUUACAGUGUAGCUAAGCCAAGCAGAAAUGGCAGAAGAAGUGAUUCUUUUGGAUUUCUGGUCAAGCCCUUUUGGGAUGAGAGUCAGAAUAGCCUUGGCUGAGAAGGGUGUCAAGUAUGAGUACAGAGAAGAAGACUUGAGGAACAAAAGCCCUCUUCUUCUGCAGAUGAACCCAGUUCACAAGAAGAUCCCUGUUCUCAUCCACAAUGGAAAACCCAUUUGUGAGUCUCUUAUUGCCGUUCAGUAUGUUGAUGAGGUCUGGAAGGAUAAGUCUCCUCUCUUGCCGUCCGAUCCUUACCUGAGAGCCCAGGCUAGAUUCUGGGCUGAUUUUAUUGACAAGAAGAUAUAUGAUAUUGGGAGGAAGAUAUGGACUACAAAGGGAGAUGAGCAGGAGGCAGCCAAGAAAGAAUUCAUUGAGGCCCUUAAGUUGUUGGAAGGUGAGCUUGGAAACAAGCCUUAUUUUGGUGGUGAGAGCAUGGGAUAUGUGGAUGUUGCACUUAUACCAUUCUAUUCCUGGUUUUAUGCCUAUGAGACCUGUGGCAACUUCAGCAUAGAGCCUGAGUGUCCUGUGCUGAUUGCUUGGGCUAAGAGGUGCCUGCAGAAAGAGUCUGUAUCCAAGUCUCUUCCUGACCCUCAAAAGGUCUAUGAAUUUGUCCUUGUGCUGAAAAAGAAGUUUGGGAUUGAGUAGGAGGAAGAGAUAGGUAUAUAUAUCCAUAUUACCUGUGUUUAUGUGCUGUUUUUUAAAUAAUUGGCAAGGUUACUUAGCUGUGCCUUUGCUUUGAUUUUAGGGUAGAAGGAACGUAAUUGCUCGAGUUUGAGAAGGCACUUAGUUGUGGCUCUCAUAGCAUUGUAUUUUGUGCUCUUCCUUACUAGUAUUUGUGUAUGUAUUCUGGAGGAAUGCAUUUGCCGUCGUCAUCUGCAUUUUGUUUACAUGAUAGUAGCUUCUUUUUUAUAUGUCAUAUAUAUGAUGAGAUCUAUUAUGAAUGAAAGAGUGAAUGUUAUCAAA